AUUUUUUUGCUCGCUUCACAGCACCGGGAUGUGAACUGAUACAGCCGGUUUAAGGAAUACUCAGCGAAGGGUUGAUAGAUUUAAACCAAAGCGGAUGUGUUUUUACUUUCCGCUCUAUCGUGUGAGGUAUGAAUGUUAACAGUCCAGCUUUACACAGGGCAGAAGGGGAAUAUCAGGCCAGGCCGGAGGCAGUGAGGAGAUGGCUGCUGGAUACUGGAGACUCUGUGUGUCUCUGUCCUCCUUCUGCUUUCUGCUCGUCUGCACACACUGUCACACAUGUAGUCACAAAGUGCCCAUGCCCUCAGAGGUGAUACACGAUGUCUACCUAAAACCAGGGAGGCUGACGAAAAGAAGCACGGAAAAGCAGUUGAAAAUACAAAUCGUUUAUGACUCCAGUUUGGAUGUGCUAGAUGAGGACAAGAGCAGUCUCGUGAAGGACAAACUCUUCCCACAAGCCAUUGAUUAUCUCCAGAGGACUUUUAGGGUGCGUAGGCAGGCAGGCCCUGUGUUAUUGAGCAGACAAUGUGCAACAAAUCAGUAUCUGCGAAAGAAAGAUGAACCUCAUCGCUAUUGUCAAGAAGCUUGUGCAAAUGUCACAAAAUGCGGACCAGUUAUUGUGCCUGAGCAACAUUUACAGCAAUGCCGAGUGUGUAGUGAGACGUGGAAGACAUGUGGACCAGAAGGACCUCCAGAUGGUGAGGGUGUUGAAGGGGCCGAUUUUGUGCUGUAUGUGAGUGGGGAGACUACAGAGCGCUGUGGCCAAGAGAACAUUGUGGCCUAUGCAGCAUACUGCCAGCUGGAGGCCGAACUAGACAGGCCUAUUGCUGGAUAUGCCAAUUUGUGUCCAAAUAUGAUCUCAACCCAGCCACAGGAGUUUGAGGGCAUGCUCUCCACUGUUAAGCAUGAGAUUAUGCACGCCUUGGGUUUUUCAGCUGGGCUCUUUGCCUUUUACCACGAUGAUGAUGGGAAACCUCUGACUCCGCGCUUUGCAAGUGGCUUACCAGCAUUUAAUGAGAGUUUGGGCCUAUAUCAAUGGAGUGAAAAAGUCAUAAAGAGUGCGACACGAUUGUGGGACAUCCGUGGGGGUGACAUGAUCCGACAUGAGGUCCAUCUGAUGGUCACGCCACGUGUUGUAGAAGAAGCUCGAAGACAUUUCAAAUGCCCUAUUCUCGAGGGCAUGGAGCUGGAAAACCAAGGGGGCAUGGGCACAGAACUGAAUCACUGGGAAAAACGAUUACUGGAGAAUGAAGCGAUGACUGGAUCUCAUACGCAGAACAGAGUUUUUUCCAGGAUAACGCUGGCUAUUAUGGAAGAUACAGGGUGGUAUAGAGCCAAUUACAGCAUGGCCGAAAACCUAGAGUGGGGAAAAGGUCUGGGCUGUGACUUUGUGAUGAAAAGCUGCAAGUUCUGGAUUGACCAGCAACGCAGAACGUGGCCCACGCCGACCCCAUACUGUGACUCCGUUCGUGGCAUGCCCUUACGGCUCUCCUGCAGGCAGGACCAGCUGGCAGUGGCUGUGUGCAACCUGCAGAAAUAUCCUCAGCCUCUGCCUCGUGAAUAUCAGUAUUUUGACAUUAUACCUGAGGUGGCUAAAGAGGAUUUGCCUUUUUAUGGGGGUUCGGUGGAGAUUGCGGAUUUCUGCCCCUUCAGUCAGGAAUUCAGCUGGCAUCUGAGUGGAGAAUACCAGCGCAGUUCCUUUUGCAGAAUUCAGGAAAACCAACCAGACUCAUGGAGGAAUUACGCAGCUGAAGAAUAUGGUCCUGACUCUGUUUGUCUGUACCAAAAGUCAGCCUUCGUCAUGGAGCAGUGCACCAAACGCCUGACCUACCCAGACUGGGGAAGUGGCUGCUAUAAGAUUUCAUGUUCAGCAGAGGGUUUACAGGUAUGGAUGCAGGAUCAGAGCUUCCUAUGUGUGAAGGCUGGCCAGGUGCUUAAUGUUAACGUGAGGAUGAAUGAGUGGGUAUACAGUGGGCAGCUGAUCUGCCCUGCUUGCUCAAACUUCUGCAGCCACUGCCCUCUUCCUCACGAGCUCCCACCAAUCAACACUACUCGCACUGUUCUCCUAGACCCUUGCUCCAGCUCUUCUGGUUUGGUGGUGACUUUGUGGCGGCUCCUGUUCAACCUCAUUCCGUUGCUGGCGGGCUUCAUGCUCUGUGUGAGGAAUUAAAAUCGCUCAGUGUAGUGGUGUGUGUGCAUUGAGGAUGUGGGCAUCCCACUGCCGCAUCCUUCCUGCUGAGAUUCUUGUAUUAGCAGGGAAAGCAGUGCACAGUGUUGUUUCAUGGCUGUACACUGUCAUAUUUCCUGUGAACACAAAGUCUGUAGUCAGAGUUGUUUGGAACAAGCCAUUGACUACACUGUCUUGAUAUCGAGUGCCAGUCAGUUGUAUUUGAGAACAGAAGCCAUAGUUGUACAAGCAGGCGUGCAGCAGGUGACCUUAAAAAAUGCUGGUGCUAAUUUGUGUCGUCUUCUACAUAUCAUGCCAUCUUCUUUAUGCUGCUUUGAAACAAUGACCAUUGUUAAAAGCGUGAUAUGAAGAAAUUUAAUUGAAAAUAGAGCAUUUUUCUAGACUCAAUGAAGGCGAUUUUAUUUUUUUUAUUUAUUAUUUUUUUUAAUGACAGUGCUUAUUGGUUGUGGAUCAGUGAACGUAAAAGUAUGUGAUGUGUGUAUGAAGUGGUUCAAACAAAUCCAGGAAAAACCUCCUAAAGGAAAAAAGGUCCAAGCUCUACAUUUAAUGGUAAUGUUUAAGUUCGCGUGUACUGUAGGAAAAGAAAAAAAUAAAUAAGUAGCGAAUAAUUUUACUUUUUAUAUGUAUAUUUACUAUGAUGUUUUUGUAGUUAUUUGAAUAAACAGCAUCCUAAAAUUUACUAGGCUUUUAAAUUAUACCAUGUAAUUAAGCAAAGACUUUCAGACUGAUUAAUAACAAUUAAUGCACUAAUUUAAAAACCCAGUAGAGAUGCACUAGGGCCAAUUUUGCUAUCAAUUUCCUGCUUGGUUAAUUGGGCAAAAAAAAUGGAUUAAGUGUUUUUUUUUUUCCUGUUAGUUUUUAAUAUUUGUUAAAACCAGGUUUGUCAUAACGUAUUAAAUGGACCAGCACGUCAUAUACCACAAAUUAUAUACAAUACUAUCUUGGGACACCACUCAUUUCUUAAUUUUUGGCUUUCAAGAGCCACAUUUUCUUGUAUAUUCCUUAUGUAAUCCUGAGAAAUAGUUCUCCAGGCUUCUUGAAGAACUUUUUGGACUCUUAUUUUCAGUCCAGUCCCUGUACCUGACCUUUUCCAGAGGAUUUUUCCUCUGUUAAGCCAUACCGUGACAAGGAAUCAUUCAAGCAUAAAAAUUUUAAGGCAUAACUUAGUGAGAAAAAGGUGCAGAUGAUAAAAGAUGAUCAGGCCGGUGAUUUGUAUGCUGGUGAUCCUAAACGCUAUGUGUUUAAAACAGAUGGGAAGGAAAAUUAGGUUGCUGCAAGGGGUGUUUCAUAAACGAUCAAUUUUUAAAUUGUAUCUUUAUACACUUUGCAGCCUGUUGCAGUCAAACCUUUAUUCCCAUUUUUUCAUUUAAUCUACAUCAUUUCAUUUAAAAUGAGAGGUGGCUCAAGACUUUUGCACAGUACAUAUUUUUCAAACUGCAGUGGCAGACUCUGGAAGUUUAAUGAAGAUCUUUUAAUAUUUAAGCUGUUCUCUUUUUAGCUCAUAACCCUACAGUUUAUUAACAUUCUUAUUCCUUGAGAGACUGCCAGUUAACCAACAUUGAGUAAAGACAAAACACUGUGCUAUAGCAUUUAAUAAUCUAGAAAUUUUAGAUUGUAGAGUUUUUGUUUCAUUACGUUUCCACAUUUACAGUUCAGCUUGAACGUGCCACAUUCAGGGGUAAACAGCAUGCUAUUGUUAAAGAGAAUAGAAGCAUUGUUAGUGUUUCUUGUACAUUUAAUAUGUUCGAUUUUAAUUUCAGUCUGAACUUUUUUUCUACAGCCUGUUUUAUAAUUUGUGUAUUUAUUUUACUUAACUUAUAACAGUUAUUUAUUUUUAGCCUUGUUAAAGUUUUGUUUCACUCAUAGAAUGUCGAACGUGGCAGCUCGAUCAAACAAAAUCAAACAAUGUUAAGUUUUCUGUGUAUAUUUAUUACACACCAUGUUGUGCAAUGGCUCUGUGUAGUCUAUAUUAUAGCACCAAUAACUUUUUUUUUGUGAUUUUAUUUCAGUACAUGACUGAUCAUGGCUAACUUGAAUACAAACAAUGUUUUUCAUGCUUUAUGAAUAAGUAGAAAAUAACUCUAGCUACACUUCAGUGCUUAAUAACAGCUUUUGAUGUAGUUUAUGGAGUGCACCUUUUUUAAAUGUGUAGUUUAUUUACUAAUCUAUCACUGAAUUAAUUUUGUAGUUUACUCCUAGUGAUGCCAGGGACAGGAGAAAAAAAUAUUUCUUUCCAUAAUUUAUUUACUUGGAAGUGGCAUGGAAUUAGGGUUGCUAUUACUGUACAUGUCCAUGUUUCAUUUCACUGUUGACAGACACUAAUUCACUUAGGUGGCAUGUAAACUGAUGAUGCUGUAUGUUGAAUCUGAACUUAAAUUAAUAUAAAAUGUUAAUAACUUUAGAUUUUGCUUUGUUUGUUUUAAAACCUAUUUAUUAACAGAAACCAUUUUAUUGUGUUUUUUGUUGUCAUGUUUCAGUUGGUGUUUGUUUUGGUUUGAUUGUUUUUUCCACACAAUUGAGACUAAUUUAAAAUGUCUGGAAUGUUGUCCUUAGUCGAUGAUGAAAUUGCUUUCACAAAGCAUUUUAUUUAAGUCUAGUUUCAUGCUAAAUUAUUAGUGUAUUACAAUGUGGACAGAUUUUGCAAUGGCUGUGUUUUUAAUUAUUGUUCCCCUAAAAAUCUUUUUUUACCAAUUCAGAGAACACUGUUUUGUCAUGAUCACUACAAUUCCUAUUUAAUUGCACGUCUCUUUUCAGUUGCAGACAUCACUCAUGUCUUUUAACUAGACACAAAUUAAACAUGGCCUGUACUAAAUCUUGUCAUAUUAAAUAUGGGAAAUGCUUAUGGCCUCUGGCUCGAUCAUUGUCAGAGAUGUACACACCCCCUACCUCAUAAUCACAGCUCUUUUUAUGUUACAUUGCAAUGGAGCUUUUUUUAAAUAAUGAAACUUGUAAGAGAAUUUUCCAAGUGCAUAUACAGUAGAUAAAGCAACCAUAGUUGCGUGUUUAUAGGUAAGGUGUAACCCAUUUGUGACAGACCAAAGACAAUUCUAUGCAUAAUGCUUGACUAUUCUUAAAAAAAUGUAAUUCUUGGAAAACCCAUAGUUUUUUUUUUCAUGUGCAGAAAUUGUAGAUUUUUUUUAAAUAUAUGUUUGCAUUUCUUCCCCACAACUUGUUUUACAUGCUGUAUAUUAAAACAAAGUGUAGAUCAAAUUACAAAUUAAGUCUUUUUUUUGUCUUUUGUGUGUGUGGUUUCCCGCAUAGUCCAAAAACAUGCGCUGUAGGCUGAAUGGCAUCUCCAGAU